CCAGUAAAUAUUUCUGAAACUUUUUUUAUAUCACAGCCCAUUGUGGUGAAUCAGUACCGUACUAAUUAUUCAAUUCGUUAAUUGAAAGAGACGUUCGAUGUGAUAAUUAACUACGAAUUUAGUUCAAGAUUCGCUAUAAUGAAGGCCAAAGUUCGAAUCUCAUUCUUUGAUAAGUGUUUCUGAUAUCAAUACUGUGCUGGUGAAAUUGUUGAAAAUUGGUGCGUCUUCAUUUCAUCUUAUAAUUUUAUCUAUAAAGGUAAUUGGUUGAAUAUUGUGCUUCCAAGAUUUCGAACUAAGUUGUGGAUAAAAUUAUUAAGAUUCUCAUCAAGAAUUUUCAACAAAUUUGAAUUGCUGCAAUAUUUGCAAGAGAGAUUAAAUCCAUAAGGAGAAUGAAGAAGGUAUUCAUACUUCUGACUAUAUUGCUUAUUUUGAGAGAAAUUGAAGGUCUCAGCAGAUGCAAUAGGACCCCUGACGGAAUCCUAAGGCCCAAAAAUCCAGAUGGCAUGAAAUAUAUCAUCGAUAUUUCAGAUGACCCUACAAGUUACGUGGCAGAGCAGACAUAUACAGUAAACUUGAAGAGCAACCCAGUACUAGAGGGCAAGCACAUGUUCAAAGAAUUCAUACUUUCCGUCGAACAAGAAAAUGUAGAAAACCAAUUGGAGGUAGGACACUCCAGUGUUGGUUAUUUUAGGUUGGCUGAUCACCAGCUGUCCAAGUUCAGUAUCGCUUGCGAAAACACAAUAACCCAGACGAAUUCCGUCUCCAAGGACUCUAUCCAAGUUUACUGGAUUGCACCUCCUACAGGUAGCGGUUGCGUGGCCUUCAGAGCUACAGUUGUGGAGAGCAAGGAGAGCUGGUUCAGUGAGGAUGGGCUGUUGACCAAGAUCAUGUGCGAAGAGGUUUCAGAGAAUGAGGAUGUGCAACCAGAGGUCCUAGAUGAUUGCUGUGCUUGCGACGAAGCAAAAUACGAGCUCGUAUUCGAAGGUUUGUGGACAAGAAACACUCACCCCAAAGAUUACCCAUCCAACAUUUGGUACACCAAAUUAGGAGAUAUCGUUGGAGCUUCACAUGGCAACGAUCAAUCCUUCUGGAAUUAUGAGGAGGUUGCCAGCCAAAGCAUAAAAACUUUAGGAGAGAGAGGCGAUACUAGGAGUUUGGAGAAGGAACUAAAGGAAAAAAUGGGAAAAACCGUCAGGACAGUAAUCAAGGCUAAUGGUUUGAGAUACCCGAAUAUUACUGGAAAAACAUUCGCAUUCUUCAGAGUCGACUCCAAAAACCACCUGGUCUCCAUCGUAACGAAAAUAACACCGUCACCAGAUUGGAUCUUGGGAGUUUCGAAUUUCGAAUUGUGCCACCAUGAUUGCACUUGGGCGGAGCAACGGAUACUGAAUUUGUAUCCUUGGGACAUCGGCACUGACGAUGCUCCUUCAUAUAACAGUCCCAACCAGUCAGUCAUCGAACCGAAAACCAUCCAAAAAAUCAGAACCAAUGAUUCAAAUUCGCCAUUUUACGAUCCAAAUGGCAAGGAGAUGAAACCUUUCGCUAAAUUGUCUUUAACCAGACUGAAAACUUACAAGAAGGAAUGCACAAGCGACCAAGCAACCACUGUGGACCCAUCUGAAACAACCACGGAAGAAGGAUGUAGCACUACAGAGUGGUCUGACUGGUCGCCUUGUUCAGUGACCUGUGGCAAAGGCAUGAAGUACCAAGAGAGGCAAUUCGUGAACCCCGAAGACGAGGAAGAGUGCAAAGAUAUUAAGGAUCUGAGGAAGGUAGAGCAUUGCAACUUGGGUAAAUGUUUCUUGCCAACGAAUGAUACCAGAUGUGAACUUACGGAGUGGGGCGAAUGGUCUUCUUGCAGCGCCACCUGUGGGAACGGAACGAGGACUCACGAUAAGAAGUUUAAGAAUCCAGAGUUUGCUGAACUGUGCGAGCUCAACGAUCCUUCCCACUUGCAGGAAAACGAGGAGUGCAACACAAAGACCGAUACGUGCGAGGAGGAUCCCCCAGAGAAUCCACGAUGCUUAGAAUUGAAUUGGGGUUAUUGGAGUAUUUGCAAUGUUACAUGCGGUGAGGGAGUCAAGACCAGAUUGCGAUCACUCGAAAAUGACGAAAAGGAAGAAAUUGAGCAAUUGGGAUGUAAAAAUAUGGAGAUAGUAACUUGCUACGAACCUCAGUGUGCAGAAGAAGGUGAUGAGGCACAACACAACGUUGGAGGCAUGGACAUUUUCAAUCAAGUCACAACAGAGAUAUAUUCACAACCUUUUGGCCCUGUAGCAAACUGCAAAGUUUCUGAAUAUUCUAUUUGGGGGCCUUGUGAACCACAAAAUGGUGAGUGCGGAAGAGGAUGGACAUACCAACAUCGUCAGAUAUUGCAACACCAAAUGAAUGGAGGUAAACCCUGCCCACGAAAAUUGAUGCGUAAAAAACGUUGUUUCAUAUCAUGCAAUCCAGAAAAAACUGAAGAACCUUCUACAACAAAGCCAACGACAGAAGAAACCGUUGUUACUUCUACAGAACCCGCAAAACUAGCCGAAGAUGAACCUGUUGACUGCGUUAUGUCAAAUUGGUCCCAAUGGUCUCCUUGUAGUGUUAAUUGUGGUGAUUCGGCCAUUCAACAAAGAACGAGAAGUAUCAGAGUGUACCCAAGAAAUAAUGGGAAACCAUGUGGUCCAAGACUUGAUGAAAAAAAGUGUCCACUUCCACUAGCUUGCUCUGACAAAGGUGUACUUUCUAUGCAUUAAUUUGGGAAAUAAAUAUGAAUUAUGACUAGUGUCGAUGACUUUGUGUUGUAUAUUCAUAUGUGGAUCGAUUGAUAAUAAUCACAGUUUUACUAGACAACAUUUAUUCACAAAUUAUUUUAUUGCAGGUUAUUAAAACGAUGGCUGCUCAGCCUCUCUUCUUAUUAGUUUUUGAGAACUACAUCAAAAACAGGUCCCUAAAUUAAUUACAACAGUUAGAUAUUUAUUAUAGAUAAAUUAUAUUGUAAUUUAAAAAUAAAUAUAAAAUUAACAGACUA